UCUUGAAUUGUUUUCUUUUUUGUGGUACAAUAGAAUAUUCCCUCUGUAACAUCUGUAGUCUCACAUAAAAGAAACUUUAAAAUACAAACAAUUCUAACGUAAGUUUAAGGAUAUGGGUACUCUUGAAAAUCCUCUGGUACACUGCCAUACUAUUCGAGACUUGCUAAAGAAGAUACGCACAAUUCAUAGUGAAAUUGUUGAUCAUGAAAACACAGUGCCGAAAUGUGAGAUUUGUUGGCAAAACCACAAUGAAUUCAACUCAAUCAAAGGGCAAAUUUUUCUCAUUGUACAAGGAAGUAUUACAUCUAAAGCCGAUGAAGUAUGUCCAAACUUUGAAUAUAUACAAUUGGAAAGUGUUGUACACCGCGAAACGAAUGAGCAGCAAAUUCAACUUAUAGAAAAUGUUAAAGAAGAGACCGAAAUACACUCUUCAGAGGUUGAUGUUGAUAAGAUUGAUGGAGACGAUGUUGAUAAUGAUUGGACUUCAGAAGAGAGUACUCCCGAGCCUUCUGCUGAAUUGAUAGAACAGGUGGAUGUUCCAAAAAGGAAAGCAAAAAAGGAGAAGGUGGCAUGUCAUUUUUGUUACAAGACUUUCUAUCAAGGAAAACGGCUCGCCGAACACAUUGCUCGUCACACUGGAGACAAACCAUUCCAGUGUAAGGUUUGCAAUAAGGCAUUCAAAUCAUGGGAUUACUACACACUUCAUUGUAAAAACCACGAAAUGAAUCCAAAUGAAAGAAAGAGUUCAAAAGAUCAACUUCACCAUAACAAAAAAGUAUUUUUACGAGAAAAUUCGGAAAAUGCUCAAUUGGGUUUGAAACCGUUUGAAUGUGCAUUAUGUGGGCAAGGAUUUUCCAAAAAACCACAAAUUACGCUUCAUAUCUUGCAACAUAUGAGAAGUAGAUCAAUUAGUACAGGUGGUACAUUUGAAUGUAAAAUAUGCCACACCAAAUUUUAUAAUAAGAAAUCACUCAGAAAACAUUUAAAAAUUCACGAAAAAGAUCAAUAUGCAUCAUCUCAUGAAAACGGAGAAUCAAGUUAUCAUUGUGAAAUUUGCAAAAGAUAUUUUCGAAAUUCUGGGACACUACAGAGGCAUAUUGAACUUCGAGACAGCUAUAAUUUAAGUUGCAAUAUUUGUAGUGAAAAAAUAUGCCUUACUACGGAUUUAUAUACUCAUGAGAAAUUAUAUCAUAAAAUCAAAACUCCAUUUCAAUGCUUGCAUUGUCAGGAACAAUUUAGCAAUUUUAAAUUAAUAUACAAACAUCAUAAAUUGAAGCAUCCUAACUUACUGGGUCCCACAAAACCUUUCCUAUGUGAAAUAUGCGGCCUCACAAUGGCAGACUCGAGAGAUCUAAAACGCCACAUGAUGAUCCAUCGCGGUCUAAAACCACAUAAAUGCGACUUGUGUGAUAAAACAUUUCGUCUGCAGACUGAAGUUGAACAACAUCGCCGUGUUCAUAUUCCAAUAUCUCAAUUACGUGAACUCUAUAAAUGUGAUAUGUGUCCUAAGAAAUUUCGAAUGAAACUCACAUUAUGGAGGCAUAAACGCAUCCACACUGGUCAAGUCACCGAGAUGUUUUGUCCGGUGUGCCGAAGACGUUUUAUAAAUUCUAAAAAUCUUGAGAUACACAUGCUGAAGCAUGCUAAUGAAGCUCCUAGACCGUUCAAGUGUGAUAUUUGUGGAAAAUUUUUCAAAAUUCGAAAAGAAUACAAUAUACACAUGAAGAGGAAGCAUGAGAUAUUUUCCCUAGAAAAGACACGAAUAAAAAAGAAAACAUAAUUAUUUUAUAAUUUAAUGAGACUGGAGAGAUUGAACACAAAACUAUACAUUUGCUGUAAAAAUUUAUGAUAUAUUAAAUAAAAUACCUUUUCUUUAAAA